GAAGUCCAUGCAUGCCAGUUCUCAAGCUGGUACGCCACCUUUGCCAACCUCCCACCGAACGAGCUCGGCCGCAAGAACGUGACAGUCCCGUCAGAGAUUCUAAAUCUACCCGAAACUUUCCGAGACUAUCUCCUUUGCGACGGAGUUCAACUUCCCGCGGGAGCGCGCACAUCGGGUAUGCUCGCUAUGAGCGGCGUCGGUGACGACGAAAGUGUGUGGUCGAGCGACAGUGAGGCGGAAGAAGUCUCUAACGAACUGUUCCAUUUCUCCGCACUAAAUUCUGCCAUUGAUGCAGCGAUCCGGCGCCUCGGAGGGCUCGUGGCACCCAAACUGAACUGGUCGUCUCCGAAAGACGCAAUUUGGGUCAACGGAGGUACGCUGCAGUGCAAGACAGCUGGGGAUGUUUACCUCCUCCUCAAGAGUAGCGAUUUUUGCGCUUUUGACAUUCAGCACUCCUGGAAAGAAGUCCGUGACGGCGACGACACCAGCGACGAGACGGCUACCGACUGUCACGGAGCAAUACCACUACAGCUUGUCUUGCGAAAAUGGUGCAACCUCUAUCCCAGUCAAGAGUUUCGGUGCUUCGUCCGAGAACAGGAGCUAGUUGCUGUGAGCCAAAGACAGCACUCGCAACACUUCGAGCAUCUUGUACGAGAUCAGUACCUAAUUCGGUCUCUAGUGGUUGAGUUUUUCGACGAGAUCAUCAAACCCCAUUCCCAGUCGUUGAACAAUUAUACUUUUGACGUUUAUCUGGACAAGAAAGAACGCGUUUGGCUGGUAGACUUCAAUGUCUGGGGUCGUCGUACGGAUCCUCUCUUGUUUACCUGGGACGAGUUG